AUGUCAUCAAUGUGGCAACACUAUGCGUUGGCACUAAUUGUGCUAAAGGCCAUGCUACUUGCUGCUAUGGCAGCACCAACAACAACAACAACAGCAGCAACGGCAACAUGGAUGACACCUACGUUGACCACGAAAAGCAAAGAUGGCGACGCUGAUACCCAACAACAAUGGGUCAACAGCCAGCCAGUCUAUGAAUUACAAUUGGUUGUUUGGCCCGAUGACAUUGAGGAUGGUGAUGAUGUUGGCAAUAGUGUUGCGACCACUGUCGAGGCAACAGCAACAACAACUACAACAACUACACGGAAGCCUUUUUCAACAACAAAUGCAUCUCCUCUGUUGCCAUUGUAUGAGGAUCAAUUGGUCGUAUUUCCGCAAAUGGAUUUUGAAGAGGAAAAUCUUGAUUAUUUCUUUGAUGACUUGCCAGUCUCUGUGGCCCAGCCAGCCCCAGCCCCAGCAACAGGAACAACAACAACAUCAACAACAACAACCACAGUCAAGCCGUUGUCCACAAGACCAACAAUUCCAGCUGUUGCUGUCGCUCCUUCAGAGUCCUUGGUUUAUGUGCUGGAGGAUUACCACGUUGUGCAUCCAAAUGGCACUGCUGAGUAUAAGUUGGCGCUGAGCAACGGUUUGGUGAACUAUAAGAAAAUGUACAACAAGCUGGUGGGCGAUCAGGUAAUCAAUGUGCAGGAGGGCUACGAUUCUGUGCCAAUACCGGGUCGCGAACACGAAUACCAAACGCAAUACUACAUAGCCGACGAGAACGGCUUCAACGUCUACAAAAUUGAACACAACUAUCGGGUGCCCGUGUUGCCAAACUAUUUGCAUUACAAAGCCAAAAAUGUUGCCGCAGAAGCGACCAUGUGA